GAAAAAUGAAGGUUAUAUAUGCAAAAUAUUGAAGAAGGCCUUGGUUGAAAGUUGAAAGUUCUCCCAUUCGAGAGCAGAGUCGAGACUGGUCUCUGGAAGGAAGAAAAAAAACAUUAUUCCAUUGGAUCGACAUGUUUUCCAACGAAGUUUCACCGUUUGAGUCACGCGAGAUGCUCGCCACCUUCGUCUCCUCCACGCCGCUGCUGCCGGACUCAUGGCGCCUCUGCACGCAGGCCAACGCCACUCCUUUCCGCUCCUUCCUCGUCCACCGUGUCGCCUCCGCCGUCUACGUCGCUUUCUCCGGCGUCCACACCGCCGCCGGCUCCGACUCCAGCUGGAGAAGCCUCGCGCCGCUCCACACCAUCGGCGGCCUCCCUCUCUUCGCCUCGCGCCCGACCAGGGAAGGGGAGGACCCCGUCAUGGUUCACGCCGGGAUGCUCAAUCUCUUCUUCUCGCUUUUCGAUUCAUUCCAAAACCAGUUGUUGGAAAUAGUGGGAAACAAAGACACUAAAUCAGUUGUGAUCACUGGACAUUCCAUUGGAGGAGCCACUGCCUCUCUGUGCACUCUUUGGCUUCUAUCUUACCUCCAAUCCAUCUCUUCCUCCGUGUCAAUCUUGUGUAUCACUUAUGGGGCACCAUUGCUUGGGAACGAGUCCUUUUACAAAACCAUUUCCAAAGAAAGAUGGGGCGGCAACUUCUGCCACGUGGUGUCAAAGCAUGACAUAAUGCCGAGGUUGCUCUUUGCCCCCAUAACCUCACUCACUACUCAGCUAAAUUACCUGCUACAGUUUUGGCACUUGUCCAUGACUUCACCGGAUUUUGGGAAGCUUGCAAACCAGAUAUCUGACAAAGAGAAAGCCAAGUUGUUCACUGCUGUAAUGGAUUACUUGGAGGCAGCAACACAAGAAGGAGAAACAUCAGUGCCAAUUUUGUUUCACCCUUUUGGGAACUACUUUUUUGUCUCGGAAGAAGGAGCGGUGUGUGUUGAUAGUCCAGCCGCAAUUAUAAAGUUGAUGCACUUGAUGCUUGCAACUAGUUCUCCGGCUAGUAGUAUUGAGGAUCAUCUGAAGUAUGGAGAUUAUGUUAACAAAAUGUCUUCACAAGCAUUGUAUCAGAGAAACUCCAUGCAGAGGAACAUUCCUGACUCGAGCUAUGAAGCGGGGCUUCAAUUGGCUAUCCAGUCUUCUGGCAUAGCAAACCAGGAGUCAGCUAUUAUAUCCGCCAAGGAAUGUCUGAAGACAACAAGGAGAAUGGGUCCUUCACCAACUUUGAAUGCUGCAAGCCUAGCAGUUAGCUUAUCCAAGGUCGUACCUUACAGAGCUCAAAUAGAAUGGUACAAGACUUGGUGCGAUGAGCAAGACGACCAAAUGGGUUAUUACGACUCAUUCAAAAGUAGGGGCUCUUCCAGUUCCAAAAGGGACAUGAAAGUCAACAUAAAUCGUUGCAAGCUUGCCAGGUUUUGGAACAACAUUAUUGACAUGUUGGAAAGAGGUGAGCUGCCUCAUGAUUUUGACAAGAGAGCCAAGUGGGUCAAUACUUCACACUUCUAUAAACUAUUGGUUGAGCCACUAGACAUUGCUGAAUAUUAUGGGAAGGGGAUGCAUAUAACCAAGGGCCAUUACAUGCAGCAUGGUAGAGAGAGAAGAUAUGAGAUUUUUGAUAGGUGGUGGAAGGAUAAAACGGUUAGUACUGGUAGAGAAGAAAACAAGGAAAGGAGCAAGUUUGCGAGUUUGACACAAGAUUCAUGCUUUUGGGCUAGGGUGGAAGAAGCAAGGGACUGGUUGAAUUGUGUUAGAAGCGAGAGAGACACCAACAAGUUGGCUCUAUUGUGGGAUAAAAUAGAAAACUUUGAGAAGUAUGCCAUAAAUUUAAUUGAAAAUAAGGAAGUGUCUAGUGAUGUUCUCUUUAAGAAUUCAAGUUACAGUAUAUGGGUGGGGGAUUUAAGAGAAUUGAGACAACCAAAAGCAAAGGUGCAAAGGCUUCCUCAUCAGUUUCCGGUUUUCUAGAUGGGGAGUAGUUCCUUAGUACGUUAUUUGGGAUCAGUAAGCUUAACUCAUUGCAAGUGUACUAUGUAUAAGAACUGCUUCCUUCUGCAAAAUAACUCGUUUUGCUUGAGUUAUGACUUUGUCGCAUUAGGAUCUCACUUGAAUACAUAUGAGAGCAGGGCAAAGGUGAAUCAUUAAGAUGUUAAGAACUAAUGCAAUAAUAUAUCAUAUCUAUUACCGGUAACACGAAACGUACAAAACUGAAAUUAAGAGUUUUUCAGUGACUAACAUUAGCAGUAGAUAAAAUUUAAAUUAAAUAAGAAUAUCCGAUUUCCAGUGGUUUUUGUCUUGUACAAAUGUUGAGGGUCAUUAACAUUCAAAGGAAGAUUCAAAUCCAUGAAUUUGUGGGUUCCUCAAUGAUCAAGGAGAGCUGGACCCUCAAUUCAAUUCCAAACUCGCGAUCAAAAUUUGAGGGGAAUUUAUUGUUGAAAAGGCUGAAGGUAACCAACAUAAAUUGUGCUAUUCUCACUCGAGUCCCAGCAAUCAGAUUUCAUUAUCUGAGAGAUCAAGUGAAAAAAGGAAAAUUGAGUUGGUCUACAUCAGGCAAGGUAGAAGAACUAGUGGCUCAUAACCAAAUCAUUGAAAGGUGAUAGGUUUAUGUUGCUUAGACAGAAAUUGGGUGGUCAUCUAAAAAUCUAACUAAGGUGGUGUAUUGAGUUUAGAUUUUAAUAGCAGUUGUAAUUGUUAGUCGGUUAGCAACUUAGCACGAGGAGUGAUCUUUAAUUAGUACUAUAGUUGUAAUUGUAAGUCAAGUGCUGAUAUGAAGUGCAGUGAAAAUAUAUUUCUCUUCUCUUAUGUGGGAUAUUUUGUUAGUGAGUGAGAGUUUCAAUAGAUUAGAGUUUCAACAGAGUUGGUAUCCAGAGCUGCCAUUGAUUCA